AUGGUAUACGAAAAUAAUCUUCCUAAAACUGAAACAGUUUAUGAGAUAAAAAAUGAAGUUCCUACUUUUGAGGAAUUUAUGAAAACUUAUCAGGAGGAUGAAGGAGCAAACAAUAGUUAUUAUUACGAAAUUGAUAGUCAUGGAGAUAUUAGAGUAAUUAGACCUUAUGGUCCGGGUUUAGCAGCAGGAGGGGCAACAAUCGCUGAAAACGUGGUAGAUGAUCCGGAUGCUAAAAAAGUAUUUGGGUUUGUUUCUGAUUGUGGAGUAGGUAUAGCCACAGGUGGAGCAAUUGGUGCAGUCGCUCAAGGUGCUGGUGCUGUUCUAGGAGCAAGCGAAGUGGCUGGUUUAGGUAGCAGUGCAGGAGAGAAAGCAGCGAUCGAAGCAUUUAAAAAAACUGGUAGCGUUUCUUUUGCCGGCACAUCGCAUUUUCUUGCUGCUGCUAAACACGGAAUAAAAGUAGUAGGUGAUAUCGAAAAAGUGGUUUCUUUUUUAAAAGAUUUAGGAUUUACUGCUAAUGAAGCAAGAGAACAUGUAGACCACGUGAGAGAUGGUUAUGAUUAUAAGUCUUGA